ACAGAAACACGGUGCAGAGAGGGAAGACACUUCGAAUGCUGCUUACUUUGUUAAAUGCGAGCCGAGAGUGCUGUGACUAUUGGUGUAGGGUUCAAAGUCGAUUGUAAUCUGCAGUUUUGGAUUUUUGCCAACUCGGAGCGAUACAAUGUAUCCAUGCCCGACCUCUCAUUGCUUCGCGGUCCUCUGACGAGCUCAAACCCACUGUCUAUGGAGGGACAAACGAAAAGCGUAACGCUCAGGUACCAAGUACCCCCAUUUCGGUUAUCUGGGAGAUGGUAACAAAUGAACGGCACUGGAGGGAACAUGGUUGAGAGGACCAGCAAAUUUUUGUUGAUCGUCGUCGGAUCCGUCUUCUUCAUGCUGAUUCUAUAUCAGUACGUGGCUCCUGGGGUGAUGAACUUCGGGUCUCCGCAGGGGUACCUCGCCGAGGACAACAUGGAUAUUUUCCCCACUCCGGAUCCCCAUUAUGUGAAAAAGUACUACUUCCCUGUCAGGGACUUGGAACGCACCGUUGAUUUCGAGAUCAAGGGUGAAGAUGUGAUCGUGUUUCUUCACAUACAGAAAACUGGCGGAACCACUUUUGGCAGGCAUCUGGUGCAAAAUGUUAGACUAGAAGUCCCGUGUGAUUGCAGACCAGGGCAGAAAAAGUGUACAUGCUACCGUCCCAACAGAAAGGAGACCUGGCUGUUUUCGAGGUUCUCCACUGGCUGGAGUUGCGGGUUACAUGCGGAUUGGACCGAACUCACAAACUGCGUUCCUGGAGUGCUCAACAAGAGAGAAAAUAAAUCUAAAAAGCUGAGGAAGUUCUACUACAUCACCCUGCUGAGGGACCCUGUGUCACGCUACCUGAGUGAGUGGCGCCACGUGCAGCGCGGCGCCACCUGGAAGACGUCCCUCCACAUGUGCGACGGGCGCACGCCCACGCCCGAGGAGCUGCCGCCCUGCUACGAGGGUACGGACUGGUCAGGCUGCACCCUGCAACAGUUCAUGGACUGCCCCUACAACCUGGCCAACAACCGGCAGGUGCGCAUGCUCGCCGACCUCAGCCUGGUGGGCUGCUACAACCUCUCCACGGUGCCCGAUAAGCGGCGCUCGCAACUUCUCCUGGAGUCGGCCAAGAAGAACCUGCGCGACAUGGCCUUCUUCGGUCUGACGGAGUAUCAGCGCAAGACGCAGUUCCUGUUCGAGCGCACCUUCCGACUGCGCUUCAUCCGCCCCUUUGUGCAGUACAACAGCACGCGGGCGGCUGGAGUGGACUUGGACAACGACACGGUGGCGCGCAUCGAGGAGCUCAACGACCUGGACAUGCAGCUGUACGACUACGCCCGCGACCUCUUCCAGCAGCGCUACCAGUACACUCGGCAGCUGGAAAGACGUGCGCAUCGCCUGGCGCUUCGGAGUCACGGGCUGGACCCCCGGGAUUUGUUCAGAGAGGAGGGUGGUGUGGGGGGCGAGGGGACAGCCAGGCUGCCCACAGAGGACUACAUGAACCACAUAAUUAACAGGUGGUAGCCCCUAUCCCAUCCCACCCCAACCACCCACUUUCCUGACCUCCCCAUUGUCUGGUAUGGUGAGGUUGCAUCAGAGUGAAUGUUUAGGAAAGGUGAGAUUUGGCACUUGUGGCUCGGGAGGAAGAAAGUUGCAGAGGAUUUGGUGCUGCAGUGGCUUACCUACGGACUUUGCAUGAGGCAAGCUGUGGGUUGCGAACCAGAUGAUAUCACUUCCAGCUAUGUGGAGAGGUCAGAUCUUUGAUUGGAAGCCCAUGAUAUACCUGAGUCACGGGGCUUUGUGAUUGGAAGCCCAUGAUAUACCUGAGUCACGGGGCUUUGUGAUUGGAAGCCCAUGAUAAACCUGAGUCACACUCUGGAGUUAUGGGAGCAACAACUGUCUCUACUCAGAUUCCCAAUGGAGCAAAAUAAAAAUGACAGAUAAUUCCUUUACAAAGUAAACAAACUUGUUUUACUUUCCGUUCUAUGUCUUGGCCCAUCAGAAUAACAUAUGUGCUUAAUAUGUUGUUGUAAGGAAUUGCAAAGCAGUGAGAUGGGAGAUUACCUGUACUGGACAUUUCCGACGAGCCAUCUUUUUAUUUAUUAAAUUGCUUUCUGAUCAUUUGAAAUACAUAUUUUUCCAAUGUGAGAGACUUUGGCUCGGCUUGAUAUACAGUUUGACACUUGUAAGUUAUAAAAGUCAUGAUGGUGACUUUAAAAAAAUCUGUCAUAACAUACUCAUCCAUUUGCUGAAAGGUUACUAACAUUUGCUAUCAAAGUUUAGAGCUGUAUCUUAAUAGAAAUUAUGGAUUUUUGUAAAGAUUUUUUUUUACACUUGUAUGUUUUUACCAUUUUGUCAAUGUCGUGUGAAGAGGCCAGUCUCUUUGGUUCCGAUGUAUUUUCAUUUGCCCGUUGUACUGUGAUCUGUACACUAAAGGAGAUGUACAGAAUUGAAUGAGAAGGCAAAGGUUUGUUCAGGAACAUUUCUGACCACAACCUCCAUACAACAAUGGAUGCUCAACAGGAGACCGACCGAGGGUCUCGCACUGAAGGGGAAACAGGAAACACUGUCUAAUUACUUGUACAAAAUAAAACUUCUGUGAGUGUGUGCAUGUGUGUAAGUGUGUGUAUUGUAAGUGUGUGUGCGCGUCCAUUAGUUUCUGAGCUUUCAUGCUCAAUUCAUUUCCUUCUGAUUGGGAUCAAAUGUGUCACCUAAAACCAGAACUACAAUACACGGGUAUAAUGGAUGGAUUAUCCAUUGAGUUUGCCAUGCUCCUCAAGAUGUGCAUCUGUUGGGGCAUUAUAAAACAAUGUAAAAACAUACAACAGGUUCCAUACUAAAGGGGUGAAGAAUGCACAGCCACUUGUCAACCAUAAGCUCUUUUUGUUAAUAAUACAAUGUUUAUGUAAACUGGAAUAUGAUGAUCCCCUGGUAAACAGUGUUUAAUUAACAUUCUAACAGAAUGUGUCUGGACAUGAUAUAACCCUCAUCAAUCAAUACUGGUGUAUAUGGAACCUUCAUAACUAUCCUAUUUAAAAUUAAAUUCCCAAAGUCCCCCAUCCAACAUCAACAAACUGUAGUCCCACAGGCAUAGCCAGUACUAAAAACAGACCCAAGACUAAUUGCUUGGGGAGUGUUAAGAUGCUAAUGCAUUAUUAUUAAGGAAAUUUGGACCAGUGUGUGCAGAUCCUGCGAAUGCCUGUCUUUUCAUCAAGAACAGAAUGUUUGUUUUAGUGACGACUACUUACAUGAUGUCCAAUCCUCUCCGGGGCGGAGGUAUAAUGAUUGGUAGCAGGAGACUUCUCUAAUGCAAAGUAUUUUUUAUCUUACUUGAGAAAGAUAGCUUUGGGGAAGAUGGAUUACGAAGCUAUGGAUUAGACAAAUCGUUACAGAAUGAAAUGUGUGUGCGUGCAGUCGUGUGAGAUAAAGAGAAAGCAAAAUAAUGAGAGAACAAGAGAAUUUAGUGAAGUGGGACAUUUCUAAAUGGGCUCUGGUCUGGUUUUACCCAUAUUGUAUUAUUGCUGUGAGUAUUUCUGUUCUUCAAGCAGAUUGGAUCUUCUAUUCAACAAUAAAAAAUAAGAUAUUUCUUUGUA